ACUUGUCCGUCUUGAAUCGCUUUCGCUUCAUGCAUACAAACCUGGCCUGCAGCCGUUGUGUCCCCUUCCCUACGCUUCCCUCUAUAAAUUCCCCACCUCUCUCCCUUCCCUGUCUCUGCCACUUUACCCGACCUCUAAUCUCCACCUCCGUUUCCGACCCUCAACGCCUUGCUCCUCCCGGAGUCGGGGACCUCGAGACGGUUGGUCCUUUCUGUGGGCACCGGGCUUACGAUCGGGAAGUCUGGGUGUCGUCAGAAAGCAAUCUGAAUUCUCGAAGGGCUGCAUUCUCUGGACUUGCUGCUUUGGAGGAAAGAAUCUUGUUUUGGAUCUCCCGGAUCUUUAUCGCGAGCAAAGAGUUGCAAUCUUGUUUCGGAAUUCCGGAGGAAGAUGACUACUUCGUCACUGCUGCCAGGGUUCCGUUUCCGUCCGACGGACGACGAGCUGGUGGGAUACUACCUGAAGAGGAAAGUGGACGGGCUGGGUACUGAGCUGGAUCUCAUUCCGGUGGUCCAGUUGUACAAGUACGACCCGUGGGACUUACCUGACAAGUCAUUUCUUCCGAAGAGAGAUAUGGAGUGGUUCUUCUUCUGCCCACGAGACCGUAAAUACCCAAAUGGUUUACGCACAAAUAGAGCUACAGCAUCAGGUUAUUGGAAAGCCACCGGUAAAGACCGAAAGAAUGCCUGUGAGCCUUCUGUGUUUGCCUUGAGAAAAACACUCGUGUUCUACCGUGGAAGGGCCCCCGGAGGUGAAAGGAUGGAUUGGGUGAUGCAUGAGUAUCGCCUUUGCGAAAAUCUACAUGAAGGAUCUUCUAAUUUUGUGGGAGGUUUUGCGUUGUGCCGAGUGAUCAAAAGAAAUGUUCAUGGGAUGAAAACUGGUGAUCUGCAUGGAGAAUCCAAAGCUAAAAGAUGUCCCUCUUCUUCUGAUGCAUUUAAGUUUGACCCUAAAGGAUAUUCUGGAAAGGUCCUCAAUAGUUUGGAAGAGAAUUCAUCACGCGUCACAAAAGUGUCUCACAGAAGCACAGAUUCGACUCCUAUAGCUUCUCCAGAUGCUGAUAGAGAGAUCGACUCUGAGAUGAGAGGCUUCUGGGAAUCACAAGUAGUCUCCGAUGCUUCAAAGACUUCUUUGGUGGACCGAGGCAUCUCUAGCUCGAUGAUUACCAUUGGAAAUACCGCUGAAAGAGAAGCAUCCCCACCAAGUAAUCUCUCUCCCUUCAGUGUCAACCUCAUCGAGGAAGAGUUUGGGGUAGUGGGUGGAUUUCCUGGGAGUGGAAGUUUGCUUGCUUUUCCAAGCCCUGCAUAUUGCAUGGGACUUUACGGCAAUGCAAGAGACAUCACAUAUCAGAGCCUUGAAUUGGAUGCACCAAGAGAUCCAAGUGCAUCACAUAGUGGCACUGAGACUUGGAACACGACAGCGCCUGCAUCAGUCUGUAGACAAGCAGGUGAAGGAGAGGAUGAAAGCUUGUGGUUGCAUGAAGACAACUUGGUGGUAGUGAUUUAAGGAAGUUCACAUUAGAUUGUGGAUACUGCAGGUGACAGUUGAUUAUAUAAGGGUAAUUUGUGCAUCCUUUCUCGAUAUGUUUAGAAUAAAGAAGGACGUCAAAGACACCCCUCUCUAUUGUCUGCGUCCGGAGGUAUACACAUCUCCCUUCGUCAAGAAAUGUAACUAAAAAGGCUUCCUAUCUCACCACUUCUAUUCUAAGAAGCAAAAUAAAUCGACCAUGUAAUGAUACCUGGUCUCUCUAUCAUAGGA